GCUCACCCCCCUCUGCUGGGUACUACGGUGUCAGGAGAUCCUUCACAGCUGACCUGGAUUUCCACAACACAAAGCAGUUUGUCAGUGAUGUCUACUCAUCCUCUCUGGGCUCCAAGCCCUUCUCCUGUGAUUCCUCUGCCUCUCAGGGCUACCCAACAGUUCUGGAGCCAUAUCUCACCGAGCAGUACGGGGAUUAUCGUGCUCCUCCUCUCACAGCUGGUACCAGCUCCUUCUUCAGCCCUUCUUCUGUGCCCCCUCUGCUGCCAUCCUUCCCCAGUGACACAGCACACUUCCUACUAAGAGAGCCCUGGGAGCAGAGCUCCCCCGACAGCCUGAGCCAAUCGGAUGGUGCCUGCUCUGACCCUCUGCAGGCACUGCCUGGCAGCUCCAGCUGCUUCUCCUCCCCCGAGCAGGGCGGUGUGUCCCCAUACCGCGGCUCUGGAUGGACCCCGAGCAUCCCUGGAGCUCAGCCCUACCCUCUGCAUCCUCAUGAAGAUGUGCACUACUCCCCCAGCUACGCUGCCACCUCUCCCUACACCUUCUCCCCUCUCGUGGCUGUGCCAAACGAGCUUCCCUCCAGGAUGAGCCACGUGGAGCAGGAGACAACACACCUCCACGACAGCUCUGCCUGGGCCAAAGAGGAUGGAAGUGCCCUCUGGGGGACUUAUGAAGGCAGGAGAACUUACUGA